AUGGUGAUGGUGGAGAUAACCGGAAGCAUUAAAACUAUCUAUGUGUGUGUGUUUGUCACUGGAUUGGCUGAGGACCAGAUAAAGGGAGGUGGAGAAAUGAUCGGCAGGGAUGUCCUAAAAGGUGGAUGUGGGUUUGGAAGAGCAACACAAAGCCCCGGAAGAGACAGCCCGGUAUCCAGCAUGCGUGCCCUGGUGGUUUUGCCUCUACUGCUGUGUGUUGUGAUGAGCGCUCACCAAGCGAGAGCAGAGGUGAUGGCGGUGAAGCUGUGCGGUCGAGAGUUUCUGAGGGCAGUCGUCUACACCUGCGGAGGCUCCCGUUGGAGGAGAUUCUUCAGUGAGCCAGACGUGGAUGCUGCAGGUUUGCCGGCCACAGAGCAGAGCUUGGACAGCCCCAGCAGCUCAGGCUCUGAGUGGACCAAACGGGACAUUAAUAACAUCCUGACCACCAUGUGCUGCCAGAUUGGCUGCCGAAAGAGCGAUCUCACCUACCUCUGCUGAGGAUGACAUCUUGCUUUUUAUCCUCAUCCUCAAUGUGACAAAAGGACUGUGCUCUCCCCCCGUUUAGUUUAACAGAAAAAAAAAAACAAAUCUGAGCAAACCAAACCCAAAUCACAUGCUGACCUGUGACAAAAUGAUUAGUGUACAACUUGUGAGGUUUAUAGAUGAAUGUGAAUGUGUAUGUCAUGGCCCUGAGCUGGAAGAUGUGGUUAAACGAUAAUUCACACUUGAUUAUAUUUUAAACAGAGGGCAGUAGAUCAUGCAGGUCAGAUUCUGUAUGAAGAGAUGGCUUUUCAGCCCAGACACUGCCGGGUACGUGUGUGUAGAAUUAAUCCACAGGGUUGUCAGCAUGGAAAAAUCUCCAACUUUGUUUUGAUUUCUUUAUAAGAAACCUGAGUUGUAAUUAGUGUGUUUUUAAUUUUGAAAUAAAUGUUCUUGCACAG